CAUAUGAUAGUCGGUUAUAAAGUGAUCUUUACCUGUCGAAUUAAAAGCAAAAAAAUUUUAAAGCACUUAAACAACAGUUUAACUUUCAAAAUAGAAGAAACUAAUAUGAAAUGAUUACAAAACUAGUUGGAACUAUUUAAUUCGAUUAUAUAAUCCAAGUUGUAUAAUCGCAUGCAACGCAGAAUCCUGUAAACUGCGCAAAACACUUGCGCGGCUAUUUUAAAAUAAAUAUGGGGUAGUUUGAAAGGGUGCCCCGCCCUUCUUUUAUUCCAGUUAAAUUAUAAAUUUUUGUGAUGAAUUGAUUCGAAAAAUGGGAGAUGACCUCGGUUUUUGUGAUAAAAUAGGACACAAUUUAUCCGAACUUGGAAAAUGGCAAGUAUGGCAAAACAUAAUCCUCGGACAAUUCCUGUCGCUUGUACUGUGUGGUAUCAACACACUUGCUCACUACAUAAACUCCAACCCCUCAUCAGUCCAACCCACAGGACAAUCGUUUCCCCAUUACAUGUUCCUGUGUGCAAUUUACACAAGCUGGUUGGCAUUUCGAAGAGGGGACAAAGGGCUGAUAUCAGUGAUAAAAGCUAGAGGUUGGCGCUAUCUUUUGCUCUGUUUGAUUGAUGUUGAGGCAAACACAUUGCUGAGUACUGCACACCAGUUUACCACACUCACAAGCAUACAGCUUCUGGGUUGCGUUGCCAUACCAGUAGCGCUUGCAUUGAGCUGUUUGGUGCUUGGUGUCCGCUACCGCAUGGUACAUAUUCUGGCUGUGUCUGUUUGUCUGAUGGGCGUCGGAUGUCUCGUCUGGGCUACCAUCGAGGACACUAAAAUUGAUGGUAUGCUUGGACUUUUCUAUUUUAUUGAUGUUUAUUUAUGUCAAUCGAAUGUUGUAGGCAAAAAUCAGUUGGUGGGAGACAUGUUAUGUCUGGGAGGCUCUGUUCUCUUUGCCAUAGUGACUGUCUUACAAGAAUUAUCAGUUAAGACUACAGAUAUUGUCGAGUACUUGGGACUGUUGGGUCUUUUUGGUAGUAUUAUAAGCGGUUUACAGAUGUUCGUUCUAGAGAAGCAGACGUUGAUAUCGUCGACAUGGAGAAACUCAAGUGCAUUAAUAUCGUCAUUUUCAGCGUGUCAAUUCAUGUUUUGUACGUUCUCGUCAGUGUUCCUUCUGAACAUGGGAACCACCGCCUUACACCUGUCCCUACUUUCGGGGAAUUUUUAUACCUUAAUUGUAGGAAUACUACUGUUUAAUUAUAAAUUCCACGCCUUAUAUUUUCUAUCCUAUACAUUGUCAAUGACUGGAGUCUAUGUGUAUGCAAUAAAACAAACACCAGUUGCAUCUCACCAACUGCCUUCAAAUCAAAAUGUUGAAUUGAACAAUUCAACAAGGUCUGAGUGCCAAUUGAGGGAACACAUGAUAACCGAUAGUCCGGAGCGUGGCACAGAAAUUCUUUCGGCUUUUGGCACCUUGAACAGUAACGACACCUUUCCCCUAAGUCACAGUACAAACACCACCUUCACUUCCUUUUAUGGCAGUCAUGACGUACUCAAUACUCACACCACCACUACUUAAAGGAGUUUUUCUAUAAUUUAUAAAAGUUUAAAAAAUAUACGGGUUGUUUGUUUGUAGAAAUUUGUGAAAAAAAAUGUUUUUAUAAUUUUUUUAGAAUUUGUAAUGUUCUUAAAAUUUUAAGUACACAUAGUUCUUCCACUUAAUUAAUAAGAAUUUUGAUGGUUGGCCAUACAGUUUGCUGUGUACAACUAAUGAGAUUGCAUUAAUGCAACGAAUUUUUCGAUUUCUACCGUACUGACACAAGUGUUUUUAGUGAUUUUGAGGUAUCUUCAAUGCACAAUAAUUAUAUACGAUAUUUCUAAACACAUAUCGAAGCUUCUAUGUAUGUAACCGCUCAAUAAUCAAGAUAGAUAUAGUUUCAACUUAGAUAUUAUACAACAUGUACAAGGGUAGUUGGUAAUUUUAUAUAAUAAGCACUGGAUGAACCAAUUAUUCAUAUAUCAAAGCCUUCAUAACUUAAGAUUAUUACUUAAUCAGGUAAUAGAAUGAAAACAUUCUUCGGAACAAUCUACGGAAUUAAUAUUUCCUUGCAUUAUACUGAAAUAAGGAUCUGCAAUCUUUUGAGUUGGUUGGGACCAAUCACUUAAUUACAAGCAAACCUUUUACAGACUUUUAAAAAUCGUCACUUCUCAUACACAUAGUUAUAGUGAAACCACUUAAUAUAUUAAAUAUGAAGAUUGCAAAAUUACUAGAGGCAUUUGUAUUCUUUCACAUGCAAUAAUUUAACUAUUUAAUUCUUAUACAAUAUUAAAUAGUUUCUCCAUGUACCUUAUAUUUUACAAUUUAAUAAUAUUCGAUGAUAUAUUUCGUAGGGUAAUUGUAAGGUUUUAGAUGUAUUUAUUUGUUUUACUUUAUAUCCAAUUGUUACACUAUUAAGUCUGAAUAAAA